CUGCUGGACGAGAGAGCACAGAAACUCCAGGGAAGAAGUUUAGUUAGUAACAUGUAUUAACAUGCAUUAAGUUCUCUGUGCUUGUAAAAUAUUCACAUAUGUAAUGGACAAUUACAAUUGACAGACGGCAGCGAGCGGCGAUAUUCUGCUAGUUAUCAAUCGGUGAUGGUGUCAUUCUCUCAGGCGGAUAAGAAAAUGUUUUUAAUAAAAAAUCAAAUAAAUAUAAAAAGGUGUUACCAAUUACGUUAAUAUACCUGCACAAGUGAAGCCUGUUUGUUCUUCUCCUUUCCUCUUCUGUCUCCUCUCCUCUCCUAAUAUUUUCUUCUCUUUCAGAAUUGAAUUCUGACUGAGGAAUGAGGAGAUGUUCCAUCUGGGCAGCUGGUGCUCUUGAUAAGCGUCCAACCCCAUUUUAUAAUUGAACUUGUUUUGAAAGGAGACCUGUGGGAGUUGAGACAUGUUUGCAGGCCUUACUGUUUAUAGAGAAUUAGGACAUUAAGCAAAUGCUCCUUCAUCUCUCAAUCCAUGUUUUAACUCUCGUUUACAGGUCAAUAGUAGAGGAGGCAAUGCAGUGUAAGAAGAGAAUCCUUCAGAAUGAUGGUGUAGUGACUAGUCCCUGUGCUCGACCACGUAAAGCAGGACACACACUGCUUAUCCUGGGAGGCCAGACCUUCAUGUGUGACAAGAUAUACCAGGUUGACCACAAAGCCAAGGAGAUCAUACCUAAAGCAGACCUCCCCAGCCCCAGGAAAGAGUUCAGUGCAUGUGCCAUCGGGUGUAAGGUUUACGUGACAGGAGGAAGAGGAUCGGAGAACGGAGUGUCUAAAGACGUCUGGAUCUAUGACACCGUCCAUGAAGAGUGGUCUAAAGGAGCACCAAUGCUAAUAGCAAGGUGAGUUACAUGUGUUUCAUUAUAAACUCAACAAACAAAGUGAUCUGAGAUCCACACAAAAGGUUUAUGUCUGAGUGACUACCUCUCCUUUGCCAAGAUAAUUCACUGUACUGACAGGUGUGGCAUAUCCAGAUUGCUUCCAUCUUUUCUUUAUUUAAUUGAAGGAACUGGGUUGAAUCCAGCUGGUUACUUGCUUAAAGGAUUGACCGAGUCAGUCUAAAGGACCACAAUCACAAGAAUGUUGUCUCUAUAGCUGGUAGAGGGAGCUUCUAGAGGUUUAGUGGCCCAAUAAUAAAUCCCUGUGGCACUCCACACAUUAUGGUGAUUUUCAAGAUCUGUCAUCACCAAUGGCAACAACAUAGCUUAGUCCACAGGCUGCACCAAGAGCAAGCAGAACCCAAAGUGAUGUUUGACCUGACUUCUGAGUCAAAUUUACAUUAAACACAUUUUAUCAGUGUAUCAUUGUAAUCUGUACUGAAGGAUGCCUAUAAAAACAGCUUUCUCAAUAAAUUUGACAAUGAAAAUUACUAAUUAACUAUUCAAUAGUGAAGGUUGCAGGCUGCGUUUCUUUGGGAAAUAAAAGUCUUCAGUGAUGAUCAGCACCUCCAUAUCCAAACAGCUGAAAACAUUUUUAAGAAAUCUGACUGGUAGAGUGUCAAAACUUAUAGAAAACAUUCUUGCAGAGUGGUACACAUUCAUGUCGCUGGACAAAGCCCAACUUAAAUGAUAGUAUUAUCCAUUUCAUUCAGUUUGAUGUGUUAUCGUUCUGUCAGUUGCAAUGGGUAAGUCAUGUGGGUCCUCUUGGUUUUCAAUUUGCUUACUUAGUUUUUCUCAUUUCCUGGACAGUUAUGGGGUCAUGAUUAUGUUGCAUGAUGCUCAUGCUAGACACCCAACAAUUGAGCCACGAUAGCCCAUCUGACAUUAAGACUUACACACUCAUUACAGUAUGCUUACAAUAUGUUAUGUCAAGAAUUUCAUGAUCUGUUGUUCACCAGGACAUA